CCGGUUUACAUUAGCGUUCCAGCAAAUCCACAUAUAUUUAUAUGCUCCCUCGACCCCCGCGGCUACAAAGAUUCUGUCCUUCACCAGCCGAUUCCUUGACGACCACAUAUAUUGGACCUUCAAACACCUCUCCCGUACUUCAUCGCAAUGUUCCACUGGCUGACGACCUUAUGCCUAGCGACUGUCCUUUAUCUCACCGGCAUCGUUGUCUACAGGCUCUAUCUUCACCCCCUUGCCCAGUUUCCCGGCCCAUGGCCGGCCAAAGUGUCUGGCCUCCACGCGCUCUACUACGCCUGGCGGGGCGACCGACACUUGAUGCAGGCUCGGAGUCAUGCACGGUAUUGGGAUUAUGUGCGCCUCGGGCCCAACUACCUGUCUGUCGCCAGCGACCUCGGACUGCAGGAAAUCUACGGGACUAGAGCAAACGUGCAGAAGUCGUCGUUCUACCACGCCUUUGUAGCCCAGAAGGGCGCCUGGAGCACAUUUACGAGCAUUGACAAGUCACUGCAUGCACGGAAGAGACGUGUGCUUGCCCCCGCCAUGACGGAGAGGGCAUUGAAGUCGAUGGGGCGGCGUAUCAACCAAUGCAUCGACAUCUUCGUCACACAGCUAGCGCGCAACGCCGAUGCAGAGAGCGGAUGGACGCCUGCGGUCAACAUGUCGGAGCUGGCGGAUCAUGUGGCCUUCGACAUCCUCGGCGACCUGGUCUUUGGGGAGGGCUCCUUUCAGAUGCUCACUAGCUGUGCCAAUCGGUACAUUAUGGACUUGAUUGUGGCGACUUCCUACUGGGCCCUGCUGGUGGUUACCCCCCCUCUUGUGCCCCUCCUCAAUUGCUACCCUUCCGUUCGAGGCACUGUGCAGGGAAAGACUCAGACUGAUACGCUUAUCAGGUCGGCACCUUCCCCCUACUCCGUGCGUUACCAAUCAUUCCGCUCUGAACCAAGUGCAUCAUCCCCACCGUCCACGGCGGAAAUCUGGGCGGAAUGUCGAACUCUGAUCGUCGCCGGCGCCGACACCGUCGCCACGGCGCUGGCCGCUCUCACCCACUACCUCGUACACAAUGAGGGUGCCUACCACCGACUUGAAGAGGAGAUCCUGACGGCCUGUCCCCGCCUCCGCGAGGUCCGCUUCCCGGGCCCCAGACCGGCCCAAUGCCCGUACCUGGAUGCAUGCAUUGACGAAGCCCUGCGCCUCAGUCCGCCCAUCCCCGGGCCCCUGCCGCGCGAGGUGCUGCGAGGUGGGAUGGCGCUGGGCCGCGGCCGGUUUGUGGUGCCGGCGGGGACGGUGGUGGCGACGGCGGCGUACGCGCUGCAUCGCCAUCCGCGGUACUUUCCGCAGCCGGAGGUGUUCUGGCCGGAGCGGUGGAUGGUGGGGUCGGCGCCGGGGGUGACGCUCGCCACUGUGCGGCGGGCGCGCCAGGCAUUCUGUCCAUUUGGGGUUGGGGCGCGCGGAUGUGUGGGACAGUCGCUGGCGUAUGGAGAGCUGAGGACGCUGGUAGUGCGGAUGCUUGGACGGUAUCGCAUCCGCUUGUGUCGGCAGGUGAGGGUCGGGGAAGGUCCGAGUGCUCGGGAGAUUGGCAUUGGUGUUGCUACUGAUGCUGGUGCUAGUGCUGGUGCUGGUGCUGGUGCUGGUGCUGGUGCUACGCUGGCAGAUGCACAUGCAGAUGCAGAUGUGACAUCGGUCCAAAGGCAGGGCGACGGCGUGAGCAAAGGAGGGGAAGAAUACAGAAUGCUCGACCGGUGGACGGCCCAGCGGGACGGCCCAUUCGUGGAGUUUCAGUCUCGACCGCGGUAG